AUGGCUUCCGCAUUCGAUCAGUCCGCAAUCUCAAAGAUGGUUGAUUUCAAUUACCGACUGGUCGAAGAGACCAACAAGCCCAGUUUCUUCGCUUCCAUCGGCUCGCCUUGGGAACUCAACUUGUGUGACCUGGCAAGAUGGUUGCAGAUCACAUCCAUGAACGGCAGGUACGACCUCCAACUGAUUUCCCCAGUAGAAUACAUUGAUAUGAUCUACACGGGGAGGUUCCGAACUCAAGAUGAUCAAGCCACUUCUGCAAAGAUCUCCCAGUUGAAAUGGCUCCCUAUUCUCACUGGCACAGAAAAGUCGGGAAAAUCAUCCCUUGUCAAGUUUUUGGCUGCUCGAAAAGGUGUUCAGUUGCGAGUCAUCAGCUUACAUUCCGGCACUGAUACCUCUGACCUGAUUGGAGGGUUUGAGCAAACUAACAUGGAACGCAAGCUGAUUGCAAUCAUUGAGCAUACUUGUCAAAUUAUCCAACAGAAUCUGGAGCAUUCGUCCCUAUGCCCCGACGCCACCGCCACUAACCUUGAAAUGUCCUUCAGAGAUCUCAAGUACCUCGAGAAUUUAAUCUUUUCAUUCGAUACCAAGAUACUAGUGUCGUGCGUGCUUGACAUUUUAAAGCGUCUGAGAAGUCAUCCCCCCGAUCCUGCCUUCAAACCGUUGGAGCGAUCUCUAGUGGGAGUUCAGACUGCCAAGCCAGGUUUUCGCUUUGAAUGGAUCAAUGGCCCCCUCGUGACUUCUAUGAAGAAGGGCCAGUGGCUUUUGGUUGAGAAUUCGAACCUGUGCAGUGCAUCUGUUCUCGACCGUUUGAAUCCUUCAUUCGAAGGUGCCGGCAUACUCCAACUCGCAGAAAAAGGGAUGACCCAAGGCGGCAUUGAUACCGUUAUUCCUCAUAGUGACUUCCGCGUCAUCUUUGCGUUCAACCCCCGGUAUGGGGAGCUUUCUCGGGCGAUGAGAAAUCGGGGUGUGGAAAUCGCUUUCUUGCCGGAUCCUCAGCUGAGCUUCAUUAGACUCCCAUUGCCUCUAAGUAAGUGCUCUGUUCAUUCCAAGCCGAUAGCUCAUACGCUAAAUCCAUCGUCCAAUUUUCUUUUAUUCAAGAAAUCACUCCUCUCACCUCAAGCUACAGCAUUCAGCACCCAGUAA